GUAGCGCAGUCAUCAGUAUAUAGUGUAGUGUCCUCGCGUACGUCCGCCGCCGUCGCUGCCGUCCGUCUCUGUGUGUGUGUGUAAAGUGCUGCUGCUGCUGCUAGUACUACCAUUAGUAUUGAAGUGAUGAAAUCGACAGAACGACAGACCUCCGCAGAAGGAUGAUGAGAUGCACACCAUUUGCAGCAGCCAUCAACCAUGUUCACACCCCUUAGGCUAGUGUUUUUAAAAUCGUGUAGCAACCAGAAGAAGCGAUCUCGCAGAAUGGAGACAUGGUAGCAGUGUAGUGUAACAGAAAUUGAUAGCUAGACAACAGUGAAGUGCAGUGGUGAAGUGAUUUCGGGAGUGUCUGGGUUCGGUGAGUGAUAGGAAACCCUGGAAAGGUAGACGGAAAAGUUGAAAACUAAGGCCAGACCCAGUGGAUAUUGGCUGAAUUCAGUGCCUGUGUGGGAUCGGCGUGUGCAAAAUGUUACCCUCUUGGAGGGAGUCUGGUUUGACCAGACACUAGCUUUGGUGUAGUGUUUUUAUGUGAAAGUGUCCGAUCGAGGGGCGAGUUCCUUGCAGAAAAGAAAAAAAAACCAACAAAGUGCAAAAAAAAAGUUUUACCAAGGGGCGAGCAGUUAUUGCAAAUUUAAAGUGAGGAAGAGAGAGUGUGAGCAGAGCAGUAAAACGAAGCAAAAAUUGAUUGAUACAUUCGGCCGAUGAUGCGCUGCUGUUGUGCCGGAAACAUUGCUGCUAUUGGCCCCACUAAUUCGUCCAAUUCGCACACUAGACUCGAUAAGAACUCAUAGCAAUGGAGCGAAUCCAGUGGUGCAGCGUCAUCCUUAUCAUCCUCAUUAAGAUUCUGUGCGCGCAGCCACUGGCAAACAGCAACUUCCCGCUGAAGGGAGCAAAUGGCACAGAGAACCUUAGCAGUCGACUAGUUAGUCAAAUAGUUUUUAAUUCUACCCUGAAUCAUCUGGCGGUGGACCGGACCAGUGGCAUGGUCUACGUCGGUGCCGUCAACAAGCUGUACCAGAUUUCCGGCGAUCUGAGCAUCCUGGCCGCGGUCACGACCGGUCCGCACAACGACUCGAACGAGUGCUCGAUCCUCGAGUGUCCGUCGGACAUCGUCCGGCGUCCGACCGACAACUGGAACAAGGUCCUGCUGAUCGAUCACUCGGCGAACAAUCUGAUCGUGUGCGGGUCGCUGUUCCAGGGUAUCUGCCACAUUCGAUCGCUACAGAACGUGAGCAUCGUCGAGUACGAGGUGCAGGAAGCUGUCGUGGCCAACGUAGCCAAUGCCAGUACGGUGGCAUUUAUCGCUCCGGGACCGCCGGUUCCCUCGGAGAACAACGUCCUGUACGUGGGCGUCACGUUCACCGGGAAUUCGCCCUACCGGAGCGAAAUUCCGGCCGUGGCCUCGAGGAGUUUGGCGCGCGAUAAGCUCUUCCAGAUCGCGUCGUCCGCGGUGACGACCGGAACGCGCAUCUUUGUCAAUUCGUUCGCUCGGGAAUCCUUCCUCAUCAACUACGUGUACGGGUUCAGUUCCGAGCGGUUCUCGUACUUCCUCACGACGCAGUACAAGAGCAGUGCACACAACACCCCAAAAGAACUGAUCACCAAGCUGGUUCGGAUCUGCCAGGACGAUUCCAACUACUACUCGUACACGGAGAUCCCGGUCGACUGUAUCAGCGAGAGCACCAAGUUUAACAUCGUCAACGCGGCGCACGUCGGAAAACCGGGUCCGGAUCUGGCGGAAAAUCUCGGAAUUACAACCGAGGACGAUGUCCUGUUUGCAGUAUUCUCGGAAAGCAACGACUCGAAGAAUGUCAACAAGUCGGCGCUGUGCGUGUACUCGCUGAAAGCGAUCCGUCGGAAGUUCAUGCAGAACAUCAAAUCCUGCUUCAACGGACACGGUCAGCGUGGCUUGGAUUACAUCUCGAUCAACAUGCCGUGCGUGCCAACGAAGCUACAAACCAUAAGCGAAGAUUUCUGCGGUCUCGAUGUGAACUCCCCGCUGGGGGGUGAACAAGCGAUCGCCUCCAUUCCCGUCCUGCUGUCGGAGUUGAAGAUGACCUCGAUCGCAGUGACGACCACCUCAAAUUUCACCGUCGUCUUCAUCGGGACGCUAAGCGGCCAGCUGAAGAAGGUCGUCAUCGAAUCGUCCAGUUCGGCCCAACAGUACGCCCUGAUGAAUGUGGACGUCGAUUCCAAGAUCCAGCCGGAUAUGUCGCUGGACAGUGUAAAAUACGAUCUGUACUUGAUGUCAAAGCAUAAGCUAUUUAAGAUUAAGGUCUAUGAUUGUUCGGUGUAUACCACGUGUGUUGCAUGUCUAUCAGCGAAGGAUCCCUUCUGUGGCUGGUGUUCCCUAGAGAAUAAAUGUAGUCCGAAAAGUGAGUGUCAAGAUAAUUUUAAGGAUCCCCUGUCCUGGCUAAGCUACAAGUCGGGCAAAUGUACCACCAUUACGAGCGUCAGUCCCAGCCAGCUACAGCGAACCACCGCCCGCACGCUGGAACUGAUGAUCGAGAAUCUGCCGAAUCUCAAGGAAGCGCUGGUUUGUGCGUUCACCUUUGCCAACAUGGAGAAACCCAUCAUCACCAAUGCAACGAAGAAACGAAACGGCGUCAACUGUACGACGCCCCGGACUGACCUACUGCCUCAGAUAGGAUAUGGAAAGAAUCACUUCAACGCACAGCUCUCGAUCAAAACCUCCCAGGGUCCGGACAUCGUGUCGACCAAGUUCACCUUCUUCGACUGCAGUACCCAUCUGUCCUGUACGCAGUGCGUCUCCUCGCAGUUCCCCUGUGAUUGGUGCGUGGAAGCCCAUCGCUGUACGCACGAUACGGCGGAGAACUGCCGCAACGAUAUCCUCGUGACAGGGAUCAGCCGAAUCGGACCGAGUUACCGAUCGGGGCCCGGGUUCUGUCCUACGAUCAACGUAACCGGCGAUGGGCCGGAGAUCCUAGUGCCGGCUGGGUCGAAAAAGUCCGUUAAAGUGAAGGUGCAUAUCAUCGGUCAAUUCAUCGUCCAGACGCGGUUCGUGUGUCAAUUCAAUGUGGAGGGCCGGGUGACGAGCGUUAAUGCGCAACUGCUGGGCGAUACCAUCUACUGCGAUGCGAUGGAGUUCUCGUACACGGCGAAGACGCCGAAUCUGACGGCGACGUUCGCUGUUAUUUGGGGCGGCUCGAAGCCGCUAGACAAUCCUAAUAAUAUUCAUGUCGUAAUUUAUCGCUGUAGAGAUAUGUCCGAUAGCUGUGGUGUUUGCUUGGCGUUAGAUGAAAAGUAUAAGUGUGGUUGGUGUUCGUCGUCUAAUACGUGUGAGGUCGAGGACCAGUGCGGCAUUUCCGGGAAGGUCGAGGGCCAGGAGAAGAAGGACUGGCUGAACAAUCAGCAGACCUGUCCGAAUCCGGAGAUUCAUUCGUUCGACCCGAAGACGGGUCCGUGGGAGGGCGGAACGAACAUUACCAUCCGGGGGAUCAAUUUGGGUAAGAAGUUUGAGGACGUUUACGGUGGGAUCAAGAUCGCUGGGAUCGAUUGUAUGCCGUUCCGGGAGCUGUACGUGCAGACGAAGGAGAUUGUGUGUAAGGUGGAUGGGCCGGGUGUGAAGAGUCACCGGUCGGGGCGGGUUGUGGUACAGAUUUCCGACUUCCGAGGUGAGUCGACGUAUGAUUUCGUGUUCGUCGAUCCGGAGAUUACGGACUUUGGGCCGAAGUUUGGACCGAUCUCGGGUGGGACGAUUAUCAAGAUUGUCGGGAAGGAUUUGAACACGGGAAGUAGAGUGAAUGCGUUCUUGGAGCAGCAUCCCUGCGAAAUUUUGAGCACGGACGAAUCGGAGGCUACCUGCCGGACAACGGCAGUUCUCGACCAGAUGCAAGGGAAGCUCCGUAUGGAGUUCGACAAUGGCGUUCGGGAGUUCAGUGGCGACAACUUUGAGUACGUGGCGAAUCCUUCGAUUGACUACGUGACUUCCGGGGAUCUGGGGACAAGAACGGCACGAGGUAAUCUAUCGCCGAACCGUAUUGGACAGUCAAACCUCAAUUUCUACAUUCUAUCGCCAACAGGAAUCCCAGCCGGUGGCAUCAAGAUCUUCGUGUUCGGUCAGAACUUCUUCUCCAUCCAGAAGCCGAAGAUCUACGUGUACUAUCGGGAUCAGAUCUUCCUGAACGAGUGCCAAUCGAUCUCGAACAAGGAGAUGCACUGUAGCUCGCCGGAGAUCGAUCUGCAGGAGGAGGACACAUUCCAUUCGGACGAACCGCUUCAGCUGGAGUACGGCUUCAUCAUGGACGACGUCAAAUCGGUUAAGAAUUUGUCCGCCAAACUGGGUAGCCGAUUCGAGUUGCACCCGAAUCCGGUGUAUUAUCCGUUCGAGGAGAAUUUGAAGCACUUUAACAGUGAGUAUCUGACGAUCAACGGGAAGAAUUUGGAUCGAGCCUGCAAGGAGAGUGAUGUGAUGGUGCGGAUUGGUGAUAAUGCCAUUUGUAACAUUACGUCACUGUCGCGACAACAGCUGACCUGUCGGCCACCGAUGGAUCAGGAGAUCAAGAAGGUCAACGUGAAGGUUGUGAUCGGGAAUGCACUGACGUACGACAUCGGGUAUAUGAGUUACUCCUCGGCUAGUAUUUUGCCGUCGAUCAAUAAUAAGGCGGUGACGUUGAUCGUGACGAUCGGGUCGGUGAUUUUCUUCGUGAUCUUCAUCGGGUUGGUGAUCGCGUAUCGCAAGAAGACUAGCGAGAAUAAUCGUGUACUGAAGAACAUGCAGGAACAGAUGGAUAUUUUGGAGUUGAGGGUCGCAGCCGAGUGUAAGGAAGCGUUUGCUGAGCUGCAAACGGAGAUGACGGAUCUUGGUGGGGACAUCACUUCGGGUGGUAUUCCGUAUCUGGACUACAGGACGUAUGCGAUGAAGAUACUGUUUCCGAACAACGACGAUCACGUGGUGUUGCAGUGGGAAAAGCCGGAGCUGUUGCGAAAGGAAAAGGGACUCCGACUGUUUGGGCAGUUGGUGAUGAACAAGACGUUCUUGUUGUUGUUUAUAAGGACGCUGGAAAGCAACCGGUAUUUCUCGAUGCGGGAACGGGUGAACGUGGCUUCUCUGAUUAUGGUUACACUGCAGAGUAAGUUGGAGUAUUGUACGGAUAUACUGAAGACGUUGCUGGCGGAGUUGAUCGAGAAAUGUAUCGAAGGGAAGAGCCAUCCGAAGCUACUGUUACGACGAACGGAGUCCGUCGCGGAGAAGAUGUUGUCCGCGUGGUUUACAUUCCUGUUGUACAAGUUCUUAAAGGAAUGCGCCGGUGAACCGUUGUACAUGCUGUUCCGAGCGGUGAAAGGUCAGAUCGAUAAGGGUCCGGUAGAUGCGAUUACCCACGAGGCUAGGUAUUCGUUGAGCGAGGAAAAGUUGAUCCGACAGAUGAUCGAGUUCAAAGUCCUGACGGUUUACGCGAGUAUCACGCAGCCACCGAUUUUGUGCAAUAACGUCGAAAUGAUUCCGACCAACACGGAAAACAUUCCGGUUAAGGUGCUGGACUGUGACAGCAUCGGCCAGGUGAAGGAGAAAUGUUUGGACACGAUCUACAAGGCCAUUCCGUGCAGUCAGCGACCCAGGAAGGAGGAUCUGGACCUCGAAUGGCGUACCGGAAGCUCCGGCCGUGUGAUCCUCUACGAUGAGGAUUCUACCUCGAAGACUGAUGGCGAGUGGAAGAAGCUCAACACGUUGCACCAUUAUCGGGUUAACGACGGCGCCUGUCUGAGUCUGGUGCCGAAGGAAAGCUCCAUUUACAACAUUACACUGAUAGGGGAAAAAUACUCGGAGAAAAUCCACAAAUAUGAAACACUAAACAUAUCGAAGUACGUUUCGCCGUCGCCGCCCUUCAGCCGGGCCGGCAGCCCGAUGAACGUGGACAUGCAGGAGAACAGCAUCAAGUACUGGCACCUGGUGAAGCACCACGACAGCGAUGGGUCGAAGGAGGGAGAACGGGUCAACAAGAUGGUCUCGGAGAUCUAUCUGACCCGGCUGUUGGCCACCAAGGGUACCCUUCAAAAGUUCGUCGAUGAUCUGUUCGAGACGAUCUUCAGCACUGCACAUCGAGGUUCCGCACUCCCACUAGCAAUAAAGUACAUGUUCGAUUUCCUAGAUGAUCAGGCUCUCUUGCAUGGCAUCACCGAUCCGGAGGUGGUGCACACCUGGAAGAGCAACAGUUUACCGUUGCGAUUCUGGGUGAACCUCAUCAAAAAUCCUAACUUUGUGUUUGACAUUCACAAGUCAAACAUAGUGGAUUCUUGCCUAUCGGUUGUGGCUCAAACCUUUAUGGACUCUUGUUCAACUUCAGAUCAUAGGCUAGGGAAAGACUCACCUAGUUCUAAGCUUUUAUACGCUAAGGAUAUCCCAUCGUACCGGGAGUGGGUGGAGCGGUACUACAGCGACAUUCGGGAGAUGGCCGCCAUAUCGGAUCAGGAUAUGAACGCGAUGCUCGCCGAAGAGUCACGGCUCCACACGACCGAGUUCAACACGAACUGUGCCCUGCACGAGCUGUACUCGUACGCGGUCAAGUACAACGAGCAACUGACGGUCACCCUGGAGGAGGACGAAUUCUCGCAGAAACAGCGGCUUGCCUACAAACUGGAGCAGGUACACGGUAUUAUGUCGGCGGAGUAGUGGUAGGUGUAGUAGGCGGUAGAUGUAGUAGGGGGUCGAAAGCGAGGGGGGCGAAGGGAAUAGGGCGGGGCGAAACUGAAUUGUGUAAGCUAUAUAGUAAACAGAAAAAAAAAACAACAAAACAAACAUUAUUAAGUGGAGAGUGUGAAAUUUAUUGUCGAAGCAAAACAAAAAGUAAGCAUGUCGUAUCUAUUUUUAAACAGUCGCUUUAAUUGAUGAUUGAUAUGAUCCGGAGACUUGAGGCAAAAAUUUCAAACUGAAUAGAGAGAAAGAAGUAACCGUCAAAACAGAAACAGCAAAAUCAACCAUACACAAGAAAACAAGAACAACAACAACAAACAAAAACGAAACGUGGAAAAAUUCUUAUAAUAAUUAAAAAUAUCUCAUAUAGCUCAAACAAAAAAAAAAGUCUAAAUGUAAUAAAAAUGAAAAAUUGUGUAA